CGUAAAAAAGAUCUGGUAAAAUUAGCGCAAGGUGAAUAUGUUUCACUUGGUAAGCUUGAAGCUUUUAUAGCCACUAUGCCGUAUGUCGAAAAUGUUUGUGUUUGUGCAAAUCAAAUGAGGGACUAUGUGGUAGCACUCAUUGUUCCUCGUCAAGAAAAGCUGUUUGAACUGGCUCGAACGAUAGGAAUUAAUGAAACAAACUUUGAAAAUCUGUGCAAAAAUGAAGUACUGAAAAAUGAACUGUUAAAAGAACUAAACAGUUAUUGUAAUGGAAAAUUACAUAAGAUGGAGAUUCCACGAAAAAUUCAUUUAUGCCACGAAAUAUGGGCACCAAACAGUGGCCUGGUGACAGCAGCAUUUAAAGUACGCCGAAAACGUUUGGAAAAACAGUUUCAAAAAGAAAUUGAAGCAAUGUAUUUGUAG